UCGUUGCCUUUUUUCAGUCCUGCUUUCACAGUUUUUUUUUUAUUAUUCUUCUCCUGCUACUCAGGGUUCUUGCGUCCCUCCCCAAUCCUGGGCUCCUCUGCACACUGCAUGCGUGACCUUUGGGUGCACUCUGUAUUCACUUGUUGGGUCGUUUUGCUUUUCGAAUUGUGGGUUGUAAUCACCACUGCUGAAUUGGUGUAAGGACACUCGUGCUCCGUGACUAUGGUAAAUUUUUGAGGGGUCGCCUUUGCUCUUUUCGCGUGACCUGGGAUGUGUUUUUUAUUCCCCUCCCCCGCAAGUGAUUUUAGCUUGUGCGACACUGGAGCCGAAAUUUGGGGAUGGAGAAUCUAAGCAGAUCGUAAAAUGAGGGCACGACUAAUCGGCAACGUACCAGGCUACAUCACAUGCUGUUUACACCCCUGCCUACCGCAGAGCCUUCAACUUGCUGCUGCUAGUCCUGGUCGUCUUAGCAGAAGCUUACUUUGCAGUUCGGAACAAGCUUUGUCCUAUUCUAGCUCCGGAAUUCUUCAACAUCUAACUGAUUCCGUGUCCCGGACUUUGCACCUAAGAAAAGCUUAUACCAGGUCUAUCGUAGCCAUGGCAUCUGAUUUUCAACCCCAUAUGGCAAGGCAACCACCUUCGGAGUCCCUACCCAAUGCCCCAAAUGGUGGAAAGUACAAGCUUGCCGUGUGCCAGCUUUCUGUAACAUCUGACAAAGCGGCAAACAUAGCGCAUGCCCGGCAGAAAAUCGAGGCUGCAGCUGAUAGCGGGGCUCAACUGAUUGUCCUUCCUGAGAUGUGGAACUGUCCAUACUCGAAUGAUAGCUUCCCUACAUAUGCAGAAGACAUCGAUGCUGGACUCGAAGCAUCUCCAUCCUCGCACAUGCUCUCCGAGGUGGCACGGAAGAAAAAAGUCACCAUCGUGGGUGGAUCGAUUCCUGAGCGAAAUGAUGGAAAAUUGUACAACACUUGUUGUGUUUUUGACAAGAACGGGGAAUUGAAGGCCAAGUUUCGCAAGAUUCAUCUGUUUGAUAUUGACAUACCCGGAAAAAUUACAUUCAAAGAAUCUGAUACGUUAACUCCUGGAGAAGGACUUUGUGUUGUUGACACGGAUGUAGGCCGAAUUGCAGUUGGAAUCUGCUAUGAUAUUCGCUUUCCUGAGAUGGCGAUGCUAUAUUCUGCUCGUGGGGCGCAUAUCAUUUGCUAUCCAGGAGCUUUCAACAUGACUACCGGUCCUCUUCAUUGGGAACUAUUGCAGAAGGCUAGAGCUGUGGACAACCAGAUAUUUGUUGUGACUUGUUCACCAGCCCGAGAUACUGAAGCUGGGUAUAUCGCUUGGGGUCAUUCUACUGUCGUUGGUCCCUUCGGUGAAAUUCUGGCUACCACUGAGCACGAGGAAGCCACCAUCUUUGCAGACAUAGACUAUUCUCAACUUGAUACAAGAAGGCAAAAUAUGCCACUUGAGUCUCAAAGGCGUGGCGAUCUCUACCACCUCAUUGAUGUCACGAGAAAGGACACGGUGAAAUCCUCGUAAAUCUUCAGAAUUGUGUCAUUUAGCAAGUACUUUAACCUUUUCAUCUUGAGUUACAACUUGCUGCGUGGAACAGACAACAAUCUUCAUGCCUCUCGUAGGCCUAGUGGCUAGGUAGUGCCACAGCAUCACAGCAGCACUAGUAUUUGAGAUGAGUGUUGGUUGCACAGGACCAUCAUCAUUUCUUGCUGUGCUGAUGGUUACAAAAUGCUUUCAUGUUCACAUUUUGGGUGAAUAAACUUGCAACUAUCUUGAAACUUCCUUUUCA